CGCCUCGCCCCUCGACGCAAUCCAAUUCGUCUUCGGGGAAACUCGGUUACGUGGCGCCUCGGACACGCCCUCACUGAAUGGGAGGUCUCGCGUCGCCCGGAGGAAAGGAGGAAAUAUAGCAGGGACGCUGUAAGUGGCUGGAUUGAUUUCGGAACCCAUGCUGGAGUGAUGUCCUCGCCCGGAUGCCAAUAUGCCCGUAGCCGAGGCCGCCCCAGGCUCCUGUAGGCUGGAAACUGCGCCCGUCGCCGCGUGCCAGAACGAAGGCCAGUGAGACUCGCUGCUCCUCCUCCGUGUCCCCGAGCGAACGCCUCCGCAAUGCCGCAGCCGCACUGCGCCGCCGAGGCGCCCGCUCACACGAGCGGCCUCGCCCGUUGCGCCCUCAGAAGAGCCGACCGAAGCCCCCUGGAGGCCGGGGCGACCUGCGCCGGCCACGCCUCCUCCGUGACCUUACUGCGCGCCCUGGCCACCAGAGGGGGCUCUUGCGGGUCCUGUGCCCAGGAGUGCCUCCCCGCCUCCCCCUGUGGCUCCGCCCACGCCCUCCCCUACGCCUCCCGGAGCCAGCGCGAGCCAGGUCCCUCGUGCUCGCCCGACAUGCCCAGCGACCCCGUGGACGCCCGCCUCCCCCAGAGGCCGCCCGCGGCCCCCCGCGCCCAAAGCUGACCCCGCCGACGCUGCCUGCGACCCCAGGAGCCCGAGCGGCCCAGGGCGCGCGCCAUGUGCCAAAGGACGAGCGAGCAGGGGCGGCAGAGAGAGCGGCCUGAGCGCCGGCUGCCGGGCGCCGCUCGGGGUCAACUACGCCCUCGUGCGCCUCCUCCUGCUGCUGCUGCCCGCGCUGCCCAGCCUCGCCAAAGGUCCCGCCAGCAGCGGGGCAACAGCCUCAGCGGCCACGUGGACGGCGCUCCGUGCGCAGCGGCAUCUUCCUGCAGAGCAACUACAGCGACGUGACGGCCCAGUCGGGCGCCACGGCGGCCCUGCCACUGCCGCCUCUCCUCGCCCCUCGC